GAAGUUAACAGCAGACAGCAUGGAUGUAGCAGGUAUGUAGCCCAUAAAAACAGGUGUUAAAGCACCACUAGGUUGUGCCAAGACCUGACAGUGUUCUUUCACACUGGUUUUCACAGGCAGUGCUGUGACAGCUCUCUGACCUCAGAACAGGAUCCCAUUGAGACAUCUUCGAUAUGACCCUACAACUGCCCUUAAUGGAGACGAUUUUGCUAUGGUUGGUCAGUGUCAGCAGUGGCGCCCUCCAGCGCCCAGACUACGAUGACACCCCCACACCCGAGUUCCUCAACCCCUCCUGGAUGGCGGACAUCCCCAGCAGUCGCCCGUUGUCCGAGAUCACCAUGCCCGGCACCCACAACACCAUGGCGCUGUACGGUGGUGGCCUGGCCGAGUGCCAGUCCUGGUCGCUCCCGCACCAGCUCCGCGCCGGCGUCCGCUUCCUGGACGUCCGCGUGCGCCACGUGGGCGGCAACCUCACCAUCCACCACGGCAUCUCUUACCAGUACGCCCACUUCGGGGACGUGCUGCAGGCCGUGGACGCCUUCCUGAAGGAGCACCCCAGCGAGACGGUGCUGAUGCGGAUCAGGGAGGAGCUGAGCGAGACGCGGGACAUCUACGCCGCCGUGGUGCGCUACAUCCACACGUACGCCCGCUGGGACCUGCUCUGGCACAGCCGACGCAUGCCCACCAUGGGCGAGGCUCGUGGGAAGAUUAUCGUCCUGCAGGAAUUCCCUGGCCCGGCCCUGGGCAUGCGCUAUUCCUCUCUGCACAUUGCAGAUGAUUGGCAGGUUCCUUCUAUGGAUCACGUCUCAGAGAAGUGGCAGAGCGUGUACAACCACCUGGAGAAGGCCUUGGUGAGCGACAGGUCCCGCAUGUACCUCACCUACUCCAGCGGCGCCAGCAUCCGGGCCUGGCCCUACGCGCUCGCCCGCCGGGUCAAUCCACUUCUCUACGACCACCUGACUGCCCGAGCCGGGAAGCCACGCCGCUUCGGCAUCAUCACCGCAGACUUCCCAGGUGCCCCUCUCCUCCGCGACAUCAUCAACUUCAACUGGGGCAACAAGACAUCCGCAUAGACACUCAAAAAACUAUUUUUUCUGUGCCAGUAUGCCAACAUGUCAACCCCUUUUGUCCUCGGGCGUGGGGGUGGGGUGGGUUGGGGUAGGGGGAGAGGUCACCGGGACUAUACACCAUGGUCUGUCAUACCCAAUCAGGCCUCAGUCUUGCACGGCCAAUCAGAAAUCACGGUCUGUCAGGUUCAAUCAGACGUCAGGAUCUGUCACGUUCCGUCAGACACUACAAUCUGUCACGGCGAAUCAGAAAUCAUUCUGACUGAAAUAAAAAGGGCCCUCACAGGCUGCCACUCAGUUGUCAA